AUGUUUGGACUACAGAAAGCACUCGUUUUCGCAACCAUCCUCAUUUCCACAGCCGUCUCAGCGGCGCCUCACAAUCACGAUGAUUCGAUAGUGGACUGGGGUAGACUUUCUGCCAUCAUUGAUAACAUCGAUAACAACGUUCUGCAUUCAGUCUUGCACAACCUCGCACCCAAAUUCCGCGAUGGCGUAUUUAGCAAAGACCGAGCAGCCGUCGAACACAUACAUUCUACAAACCCAGUAAUGGCAAGCAAAUUGGUCUUCAUUGCCAAGCGACAAAACAACGGUACAGCGGCUGCAGCAGCUCCAUCUUCAACGAGUGUCGCCCCAGUCGCUGCCACUGUGUCGGAGGCCGUCGCUUCGCAGAUCACUGCCUCGACACUACCUGCACCGACUACCAUCCAAGUCGCUCCUUCGACUGCACCCAACGAAGUCGCUGUCUCAACCGUGCCUGGUGGCGUUGUUUUCAGUACUCAAGGUGGUGGUCUCGUCACAAGGACUUCGUCAGCACUUGGCGUAUCCUUCACAAGAAGCACAUCAACCCACCUCUUCACCUAUACCGCCGCUGAUGGAACAAUCCAGACCAGCACAAGCUUGAUUAUCGUCAACGCACCCGUAACUGCCACAGCUGUACCGACAGGUGCAGCCGGUCAAGCCGCUUCAUCUGGCAACCCAGGUCUACAGAACGCUGGUUCUCGACGUACAGAACUCGGCAGCCUUCUGAGCGCCGCUGCUUUCGGUAUCCUUGGAUUCUUCGUUGCACUAUGA